GUAAGUGCUUCUUAUUGACUGAGCCAUCUCUCCAUCUCCUCUGUCUUAUUUUUUUAAAUAAACGUAUAUAAUUUUAAGUCUGGGUGUUUUAUAUCAUAUAUGUAUAUAUGCACUGCCUACAGAGCCCAGAGGAGGGCAUCAUAUCUCCUGAAACUGGAGUUGUAGACAGUUGUGAGCAGCCGCACGGAUGCUAGGAACCAAACCUAGGUUCUCUGGAAGAGUAACCGUUGCUCUCAACCACUGAGUCAACUCCUCAGUCCUUUAUUUAAGAGUCCUCAGUACUCUUAAAAACAAAGAUUUAAAAUCCACUGGGUCCACUUCAUGCUGCCUGUAUGAUCAUGGGUGUGGGACCAUCUACUGGAACACGAGUCUAUUAAUAUCCAAGUCUAUCCCAAACAAUAAGGAAUCUGUUCUUUUUUUAAAAUUUAUUUAUGUUUUACUUUGUAUGUGUGUGUGUGGCUGAGAGAAUGUGUGUGCAUCGAUGAGCCUAGGUGCCCAUGCCCAAGGAGGCUAGAAGGGGCCAUCAGGUCCCCUGGGAGUUAACACACAAUUAUGAGCUCCCUGAUGUGGGUGCUAGGAACUAAACACAGGCCUCUGCAAGAACAGUAAGUGCCCUUACUGCGGAUCCAUCUUUCUAGUCUCCAAGAAAUCAGCUCCUUAAUUAUAAUUAAAUGACAUAAAAGGAGCCUUGAAAACAAAGAGAGAACAUAUUCCAAAUAUCAUUCCUGUUUCUUUCUGUUUUAUACACAAAAACAUAUUUUUUUUGGCAGCUUUAGGAUAAGGCUUUGGCCUGCCACUCCCAUCACAAGCAGUUCAGAGAUAGGGAAGGCCAGCUGCAAAGAGUAAUCUUGUCCCGGUCUUGUGCACAACACGAUAUUUUACCCAGGCGCACACACGUCUAAACAAAGUAAAACAUAAAUGAGUUAAAAAAAAGAGAACCGAUUCCUUGUUGCUUGGGAUAGCCUUGGGUAUUGAUAGACUCAGAAAAAUACCAGUGUGUUGGGCUAUCCUAAGAUUUCUUCAGUAGUAGGAAAUACCAUCUCUUGAAGGAAAGACACUUUUUAAAGGGUUUUUUUUCCCUCCUUCUAUUGAUUGAUUGGUCUAGAAUUUCUAUGGAAUAUAUUCCCACAGCUAAAAUAUGCUCCAGCAUUCAAUGAGGAAACCAUUUACAUUAUUAGACGCUUAAAAUGAUAAAUAAGAUUAAAAUUUAUUUUUUUCAAAUAGCUGAAUGUGAAUAUUACCCUUUCAGUAAAAGGAACAAAGAUAACAGAGAAUGUUUACGUGUGACUUCUGAGUUUAGAAAACGCUUGUUGGAUUAUUGCUAGGUCCAUUUUAGGGAUAUCACUACAUUACAGUUCUCCAAAGAAGCAGGUUAUCUAUCAUUAUAUAAUUACAUUAUAUAAAAUUACAGAAAGAUAUUUACUAACAGGCUCACAGUAUCGGGGUCUGGAAAGUUCAGCAAGGGCCAUCUGUUAGUCAGAAAGGCAGAGAACUGAGCUUCUCUUCUGUCAGAAGUUGGAAGUCUCAGGGGCACCGAAGAUGCAGUCCUGAUCCAAGGCUGAGGAAGGGAGCUGAGGGGAAUCAGUGGUGCGAGUCUGUGACAAAGGGUCGAAGAAGCUGGACUCACGCUGUCUGGCAAGGGCAGCUACAAUAGACCCGGAUCAAGUGUGCAUCCAGACUUCGAAGGAAAGCCCGUGAAUCUGGCUACGCAUGGCACAGAGUGAAGGUCGAUAGUAAGAGGGCAAAAUUUAGAUUUGGUAGAGAAGCGGCAGUGGAGACUCCAGGAUGUUGGAAGCGCCAGGAACAUGGGACAUUUGCUGAGGGAAGCCAAGCACAGAGUGGAGCCAGCCUAAAGAAAAGCCUGCUGGCUGCAAUCGUCAAGACCGCAGGAGUCAGGGCACCAUGUGCCCAGUGAUAAAGAACUGUAGGAUUUAGUGCUAGUCUCGCUGGGGUUAGGUCUUGCUUUCUUCCAUUGCUGCCCUGCCGUUCUUCCUAGCCCUCCCUUUUGGAAUGUGGGAUGUGGGAAACACAUUCUCUGCCAUUCUGUGUAAUGCUAAUUUUGAUAUUAUAUAUUUCGGAUUUGGACUUUGGAAAAAUGCCAGCUCGUUUCUGACUCUGAGGAUUUUUGGAGAUAGACUCCUUGGGAUUGGACCUUACCCUGACCACAUCUUGUUUCUUUUUUUGUUCUUCCUGGCUGCCGUGCCAUGAACCCCUCUGCCUUGUUCUUCCUGGCUGCCGUGCCAUGUACUCCUCUUUCUGCCACAAAGCGGGAAUGCCUCUGAAACUGUCCGCUGUUCCUCCCGGAAGUGUUCCAGUCAGAUAUUCUGUCUGUCAUAGUAUCGUUUGCCUCAUGACUAACGUUGCCUGUUGGUAAUUCCGGACCUCACAGCUGAAGUAACUAGCGGUGUUUGUGGUUCCGGGCCUCCUAGCUUUGCCCUUCAUACCCAGUAUUGCCUUGGCUUCUGCUAGGUUACUUUACCGGCCCUGACCUACCACGAUCUGACUCUGGGACCAAAAGGAUAUGAGGGGCGCCUUUGGCACCAAUAAAGAGCUGUCUGAGACAACGGUCUCAAAACUGCCACCCGGCAUCACUACAUUUCCAGAGUCAUCCUGGCUCACAGUCAGCCAGUUGAUGGGCAUUUGGAAUAAACAAAAGUUUGAUGUCACGAGAGCUCGUACUUUUCCAUUCCCCGGCUCAGGUCCAUUCCUGACAAAAAGUGAACUUGGCCGGAUCAGGAAUCUGGAAUCAGGAAAUCUGUUCCUGGGAGGGACAAGGGAAGUUUCAAGACCUCGAUGACGUCAUGGGGAGCUCGAGACGGCAAAUCUCGCUCUGUGGACCUUCUGCGCUACGGCUCUUGGCCACACAGCUCUUCAUCCACAGUACAGCAGGAGAAGGCCCACACCUUCUCUUCCCUGGGCUGACGACUCAAGCUGCUCUGAGAAAAGCCGCUUCUCUUCUUGGGAGACCGCCAGAUGGAAAGUUGCCUGCGACCUCUGGCUUCCUAUUGUUCAGGACAGACGAAGAGCUGCACUAUGGAGAGCUCAUCCGGCCUGUGCAGAAGAGGUGUCUGAUUCGUUUGUUCCAAGGACAGGUUGCUGGCUCUCACCCUUAUGUUAAUAAGAGGUGAGCUUCUGUAUUGUCGCAGGCUCCACUGGAAAUGCAGCAAGGAUUCCUAGCACAUCCCGGUUGCCAUAGCAACAGCAGCCUUUCCCAUAAUGAGCUGCAUCAUCUGAACUGAUGUCACAGCAUCAUGCAGCAGGUCAAACAAGGCAUCUCCUAGUAUUGCAUCCUACAGAUGUGCUGUAAACAUCAAAAGAAGACGUCGGGAGCAGGAGAUGCUGUUUUGGAAAGAAGUAAGGCUUAGAUUUCUCCAUGUUAACCAUGAGCGUGACGCUUUCCCCACUGAGGUCACAGGACCCGGAUCCCAUGGCCACUGAUGCCUCGCCCAUGGCCAUCAACAUGACCCCUACUGUGGAGCAGGAAGAAGGAGAGGGAGAAGAGGCCAUGAAGGACAUAGAUGCUGAGCCACAGUACGGGAAGCCACCCCCACUGCACACAGUAGCCGACUGGAAGAUCGUCCUGCACUUGCCUGAGAUCGAGACCUGGCUCCGGAUGACCUCAGAGAGGGUCCGUGACCUAACCUACUCGGUCCAGCAGGAUGCAGACAGCAAGCAUGUGGACGUGCAUCUAGUCCAGCUCAAGGACAUUUGUGAAGAUAUUUCCGACCACGUCGAGCAGAUCCAUGCCCUCCUUGAGACGGAGUUCUCCCUGAAGUUGCUGUCUUAUUCGGUCAAUGUCAUUGUAGACAUCCACGCCGUCCAGCUGCUCUGGCACCAGCUCCGAGUGUCCGUGCUGGUCCUCCGGGAGCGCAUCCUGCAAGGGCUGCAGGAUGCCAAUGGCAACUACACCAGGCAGACCGACAUUCUGCAAGCGUUCUCCGAGGAGACAAAGGAGGGCCGGCUUGAUUCUCUUACAGAAGUGGAUGACUCAGGGCAGCUAACUAUCAAGUGUUCUCAGAAUUACUUGUCUCUGGACUGCGGUAUCACUGCGUUUGAACUGUCUGACUACAGUCCAAGUGAGGAUCUGCUUGGUGGCCUGGGUGACAUGACCUCUAGCCAGGCCAAAACAAAACCUUUUGACUCUUGGAGCUACAGCGAGAUGGAAAAGGAGUUCCCGGAACUUAUUCGAAGUGUUGGGUUGCUUACUGUGGCCGCUGACCCUGUUCCUUCCAGCUGUGAGGCUGCCAGUGAGGACGCACCUCAAGAGCCUCUUUCAGAAGAGAAUAAAGGUGAGCAGGAGGAACACAGUGCUUCAACAUCUGGAGAGCAGCCGGGCUCAACGUCAGGGAUGCCGUCCUUAGGAGACGCGCUGACAAACGCGGUGGAACACCCUUCGGAGACCGCAAAGCAAGACCCCAGUUCCUCCCCGCAGCUGGGUGCAAAGAAAACCCAGCCUGUUCCUUGUGAAAUUAUGACUCCCAAGAGAUCCAUUCGCGAUUGCUUUAAUUAUAACGAGGACUCUCCUACACAGCCCACGCGGCCCAAAAGAGGGCUUUUCCUCAAAGAAACUCGCGUGAGUGAGCGGAAAGGCAGUGAUGGCAAGAGGCAGCUGGUUGACCUGAAUCCAGAGUUGAGCAGAAGCACCCCUUCCCUGGUGGACCCCCCUGACAGAUCCAAGCUCUGCUUAAUAUUACAGUCUUCCUAUCCCAGCAGCCCUUCGGCUGCCAGCCAGUCCUAUGAAUGUUUGCACAAGGUAGGGAUUGGCAAUCUUGAAAACAUAGUCAGAAGUCAUAUUAAAGAAAUUUCUUCCAGUUUGGGAAGGCUUACUGACUGUCAUAAAGAGAAAUCUCGACUGAAAAAGCCACACAAGACCUUGGCAGAGGUGCCUCUGUGCCGAACCCCUAAACGAGGUACUGGUUCGGAAACGCAAGCCCAAACCACCAGGGGCUCAGCAGUGCCGAGUGCGGUGCCUCCUGGGGCUCCCAAGGACAUGGUGAGGCCAGAAACGGAUUCUGCGUCAACAUCCUCCUUCGAGCUGCCCCAUCAGAGAAACUGGAGCCGGCUCUUGCCAGCGCAGUCCGAGGUCUCCAGCUCAUCCCGUUGCAGUCACAGCAGCGAGUCCUCUGUUGGGUCCGACAGCAGCAGAGCUCCGGCUCAUCUUCUUUCAGAGACCGAAAGCCAAAAAGAUGGCUCUCCUGUUCCAAGUCACAUCACCCAGAACAGUCAGGAGGAGGAGGCCUGGUACGGCUCUGAUGAAUACCUGGCGCUACCGUCCCACCUGAAACAGACAGAGGUGCUGGCCCUGAAGCUGGAAUCUCUCACCAAGCUUUUGCCUCCGAAACCCAGAGGAGAGACGGUCCAGAACAUCGACGACUGGGAACUGUCCGAAAUGAACUCUGACUCGGAAAUCUAUCCAACAUACCACAGCAGGAGAAAACACACAAGGCUGGGCAGGGUGUCCCCAAGCUCAUCCAGCGACAUAGCUUCUUCUCUCGGGGAGAGCAUCGAGUCCGGGCCCCUGAGUGACAUUCUUUCCGAUGAGGACUUAUGCGUGCCCCUCUCCUGCAUGAAAAAAUACGCGGAUGAGAAAUCAGAGAGGCCUUCGUCCUCUGAGAAGAACGAGAGCCAUUCUGCUACAAAAUCAGCUUUAAUUCAGAAGCUCAUGCAAGAUAUUCAACACCAAGACAACUAUGAAGCCAUUUGGGAAAGAAUAGAGGGCUUUGUGAACAAGCUGGACGAGUUCAUCCAGUGGCUACAUGAAGCUAUGGAGACCACGGAGAACUGGACUCCUCCUAAAGCAGAGACGGAUAGCCUUCGUCUGUACCUGGAGACACACUUGAGUUUCAAGUUGAACGUGGACAGUCACUGUGCUCUCAAGGAAGCCGUGGAGGAGGAAGGACACCAACUCCUGGAGCUCAUUGCAGCGCACAAAGCAGAAGGACUGAAGGACAUGCUGAAGAUGAUUGCAAGUCAAUGGAAGGAGCUGCAGAGGCAAAUCAAACGGCAGCACAGCUGGAUUCUCAAGGCUCUGGACACCAUCAAAGCGGAGAUACUGGCUACUGAUGUGUCUGCGGAGGACGAGGAGGGGAUGGGGAGCCCCAAGGCUGAGGUGCAGCUCUGCUACCUGGAAGCACAGAGAGAUGCGGUCGAGCAGAUGUCUCUCAAGCUGUACAGCGAGCAGUACUCCAGCGGCAGCAAGAGAAAGGAAGAGUUCGCGGACAUGUCCAAGACGCACUCGGUGGGAAGCAAUGGGCUUCUGGACUUUGAUUCAGAAUAUCAGGAGCUCUGGGAUUGGCUGAUUGACAUGGAGUCCCUCGUGAUGGACAGCCACGACCUGAUGAUGUCGGAGGAGCAGCAGCAGCACCUGUACAAGCGGUACAGCGUGGAAAUGUCUAUCAGGCACCCGAAAAAGACAGAGCUACUGAGCAAGGUUGAAGCUUUGCGGAAAGGUGGCGUCUCUCUACCAAAUGAUCUCCUGGAAAAAGUGGAUUCAAUUAAUGAAAAAUGGGAGCUACUUGGGAAAACCCUAAGAGAGAAGAUACAGGAUCCAGCGGCAGGGCAGGGUGCAUCAGGCCCACGUGACCUGCUGUCUCCAGAGAGUGGAAGCCUGGUAAGGCAGCUGGAGGUCAGGAUCAAAGAACUGAAGAGGUGGCUAAGAGAUACGGAGCUUCUCAUCUUCAAUUCCUGUCUGAGACAAGAGAAGGAAGGAAUGAGUGCCGAGAAACAACUCCAAUACUUUAAGUCCCUCUGUCAUGAGAUCAAGCAGCGUCGUCGAGGGGUGGCCUCCAUUCUGCGGCUGUGCCAGCACCUUCUGGAUGACCGCGACACCUGCAAUCUGAAUGCCGACCACCAGCCCAUGCAGCUGAUCAUUGUAAACCUCGAAAGAAGGUGGGAAGCCAUUGUCAUGCAAGCUGUCCAGUGGCAAACGCGGCUGCAAAAGAAGAUGGGGAAAGAACCCGAGACUUUGAAUGUGAUUGACCCUGGCUUGAUGGACCUGAAUGGAAUGAGUGAAGACGCCCUGGAGUGGGAUGAGACAGAUAUAAGUAACAAGCUAAUUAGUUUGCAUGAAGAAUCAAAUGACCUUGAUCAAGACCCAGAGCCUGUCAUACCUUCAGUGAAUCUUGAAGAGACACGCCACCAGGACCCUGGCUAUGAGGAGGAGGCAGGUGACUGUGGGUCCCAGUAUACCUCAAACAUCACCGCACCUUCCAGUCCACACGUUUACCAAGUGUACAGUCUUCACAACGUUGAACUCCACAAGGACAGCCACACUCCAUUUCUGAAAAGUAGCCCAAAGCUUCCAGGCACAGCACAGCCUGGUGUUUUAACUAAGAGCCUCAGUACAGACUCUUCAUUUUCAUCCACAAAAUCGUUGCCGGACCUUUUGGGGGGCACCAGUUUGGUGAGGCCUUGCCCAUGUCACAGUGGAGACGUGAGCCAGAAUUCGGGCAGCGAGAGUGGAAUUGUCAGCGAAGGAGACAAUGAGAUGCUUACCAACUCUGAAAUGUGUUUGUUCGGGAUGGUGGAUGGGUCCCCAAGUAACCCUGAAACUGAACAUCUGGACCCACAAAUGGGAGAUGCAGUCAACGUGUUAAAGCAAAAAUUUAAAGACGAGGACGAAUGCAUUAAGCUUCCAAAUAUCUCUCAGUCCUCCAUCUCACCAGCGGGUUGUGUAAAUGGAAAAGCUGGAGAUUUAAAUAGCGGUACCAAACACACCACCGAUUGUUUAGGAGAAGAAUUACAAGGAAAACAUGACGUGUUUACAUUUUAUGAUUACUCAUACCUCCAAGGCUCAAAACUCAAAUUACCAAUGAUAAUGAAACAGUCACAGAGUGAGAAGGCACAUGUGGAGGAUCCCCUUCUUUGUGGUUUUUAUUUUGAUAAAAAAUCCUGCAGAUCUAAACAUCAGGCUCCGGAGUUACAACCAGAUGCGCCUCCCCACGAGAGGAUUUUGGCAAGUGCGCCCCACGAAAUGGGUCGCAGCUCAUAUAAAAGCGGUGACAAAGAGAAGAUGCUGGCGGGCAUUCAGAAUGCCAGGCAGCUCUCCCUCGUCUCUCGUAGCUCAUCGGUAGAGUCCCUUUCUCCGGGGGGUGACUUGUUUGGGUUAGGUGUCUUUAAAAAUGGCAGCGACAGCCUCCAGCGGAGCUCUUCUUUAGAGAGCUGGUGGACAUCCUAUAAGAGCAACGAAGAUCUUUUCAGCUGUCACAGUUCUGGGGACAUAAGCGUGAGCAGCGGCUCAGGAGGGGAGCUGAGCAAGAGGACAUUAGACCUCCUGAAUCGCCUGGAGAAUAUCCAGAGCCCCUCGGAGCAAAAGAUAAAGCGAAGUGUUUCUGAUAUCACCCUCCAGAGCAGUUUCCAAAGGAUGUCUUUUACUGGCCAGACGUCACUGGAUGUCGCAUCGUCUCUCAAUGAGGAUUCCGCAGCAUCUCUGACAGAACUGAGUAGUAGUGAUGAGCUCUCCCUUUGUUCAGAGGAUAUCGUGUUACACAAAAACAAGGUCCCGGAGUCCAAUGCAUCGUUCAGGAAGCGCCUGAACCGCUCGGUGGCUGACGAAAGCGACGUCAACGUUAGCAUGAUUGUCAAUGUCUCUUGCACCUCUGCUUGCACGGACGAUGAAGAUGACAGUGACCUCCUCUCGAGCUCCACUCUCACCUUGACUGAAGAAGAGCUGUGCCUCAAAGACGACGACGAUGACUCCAGUAUUGCAACAGACGAUGAAAUUUAUGAAGAAAGCCACCUGAUGUCUGGGCUGGACUACAUCAAGAAAGAACUGCAGACUUGGAUAAGACCGAAAUUGUCCUUGGCCAGAGAAAAGAAGCGGUGUGGUGCCCCUGAUGAAAUAAAGGGCAAUAAAGAUGGAGGCCAUAGUGAGAAAGUCAACCCCUCAGACACCCUGAACAUCCAGACCCUUCUGAACGGCUCCAUAAAGGGUCUCUCCGAAAACAAUGGAAACGGAAAGAAUUCGCCCAGAACUCAUGACUUAGGAACAGAGGGUGAAAACAAGAGAAAUAUUUACGAAGUUAGUAAAGAUCCACACGUGGCUGACAUGGAAAAUGGCAAUAUUGAAAGUGCUCCAGAGAGACAGAAGGAGAAGCAGAAUGGAAUCUCAGAGGCAUCGGAGAACCUUAGUUUAGAUAUGAAACAGAGUUCUGAAUCCAAGCACAGUGAGUAUAAUGCAUUGACGGACAGUUCAGAGGAUUCAUAUAUUGCUGGAAAGGAAUUCAGACCCCCAAGUGACAGACAUCCUCCACAGACAGGCCCAAAUCUCCAACAUUCUGAAAAUCAAAGUGACCCCUGCAUGCCCGAUGAGAACCCUUGCCCAGAACUGCUGUUAGGAACCAGAGUUGGAAGCAGACAAGACAGUGAUGGACUGAAAGCUUUGUCUAAUGAUGCACCAAGUGGGGCUGGAAAAUCUGCGGGUGGCUGCCUACUCGGACAAAAUGAGACAGAGGAAAGUGCUUCUGUCAGCAACAGCACUUCCUGUUGCAACUGCCAGCCAGAUGUUUCCCAUGAAAAAGAGGCUGAAGAUUGUUCAGUGCACAGCUUUGUGAAGGAAAUCAUCGACAUGGCGUCAACAGCCCUAAAAAGUAAAUCUCAACCUGAGAGCGAAGUGGCGGCUCCCACUUCACUAACUCAGAUUAAGGAGAAAGUGCUGGAGCAUUCCCAUCGGCCCAUGCCCCUGAGAAAGGGGGACUUCUACUCCUACCUAUCUCUUUCAUCCCAUGACAGUGACUGUGGGGAGGUCACCAGUUACAUAGACGAGAAGAGCAGCACUCCAUUGCCACCGGAUGCUGUGGACUUUAGCCUCGAUGACAAGGAAGACAUCGAGUGCUUCUUCGAAGCUUGUGUUGAGGAUGAUCUUGAUGAGAAAGCCGGUUUCUCUAGUCCCCUUCCAGAUGAGCCAGUAGCUCCCGAGGAAGCUGCUAUGCCAAUACAAGUGACAGCCAGCUCUGCUGUGUUCAAUACUGUUGCUCUCCCACUCAAUGAGACAGACAUGGUGGCUCUUUCAGGACCUUCCCCUCAGAAAGAAGGUGACAAUGGAAAGGAAGUGGAUGAUGCAUCCCAAACAUCCCAGGGCUCUGCAAAAAGCUCAGAGCUUACCAUGCCUUCCGGACAGCCCAGUAAAGAUGGAAGUGCAAGGAGCCAAGGUGAAUCAGGAAUGCCAGAAGACAAGAACGCUACUUCAGCCAAAUCAAAAAUUCAAGCUCUCCCAGUGAAUGCAAAACAGCCAAAAGUCAAGACCAAGCUGUAUCCCAGCCCGCAAACUUUAACCUGUAAAGAAAAGCUUGUAAACUUUCAUGAAGAUCGACAUAGAAACAUGCAUAGGUAGAAUGUAAUGCCCCCAAGCAUGGAAAUCAUCUCAUUGAAAGAGAGAGCCUUGGCUGCAGCUCAGGGCUGGCCUGAUCCACCCUGGGCUGGUCUUGGGUUCCUUCCUGCUGUCACUGUCACAUUGACUUUCUGAAGAUGACCCACCUUUCGUCUGAACGCGGUCUGUCCACGUGGGCCUUGUGAUCCGGAUGUGCGCAUCGCUUCUCUUUAGGUGACCUCUCACGUCUACAAAGCUGCUUGCUCUCCUAUGGAUUCCCGUCCCAAGCUACCUCUGCCAACCCUCCCUCUCCGGCGAGACCUCUGUUUGCCCCCCUCCCCUCCUGCCUCCCCUUUAAAGCUCUGCCGUUUACCAAAUUGGUGGUCCAUUAAACCCACUGUCUGGAAUGGCACCCCUCCCCGCCAGUGCUUGACCAAUUUGAUGUUUUGCUCUGAAAUUUUUCAUGGUAUUAUACCUAUGUUUAUGGAAAAAGCCAGUCCUUGAUUUGGUUGCAGUAUAGAGGAGACAUAUUGGUCCUUAUGACAAAAUUAAAUGACAUUUAAAAGCAUCAUUUUAAUGAUUUCUUUUUAAUAAUGAUGUAUGCAGCACUUCAAGAGACAACUCUGGUGGUGUUGUACAUUGUAAACUGGUACAUUCUGCUGUUAAGUUUGGUUUUGUUUUCUAUGCUUCUCGGGGUGGUAAUGAGAAAAACGUCAUUUUACAAACUGUGUGCCUUGCUGUCUUUCUUAUCCCAUUUAUGAAAAAGCUGCUUUCAUGGUAAUGGUAUGUUGGUCUGAGAGGCGGAAAUAGCAAGGUGAGGAUGUGUGAAUAAUUUCUGUACAUAUGUAUAAGCUAGAACAAACACUGAUGUAUGACAGUAUAAAAUGCGUUCAUGUUUGUGAUGUCCAGUGAUGUGGAGAAUAUAAGCCUUAAACCCAUUCGAUUGCAUGGUAAUUAAAAUUGGCAUAAUAAAAACGGCUUACUAGGGGAAAGGAAAAUUAAUGAUCUCUUCUACCUGUGUUCUUUACCAAAUUCUUGCAUCUGUUUCUGAAAAAAAAUAACAUGUAUCGGCUUCCAACAUAUCCAUGUGGCAGAAAAGGCUUAAGUCGCUUAAACUCCAGACUCGGCCGGAAGCCUUCAGAACUUUGAAACUCUUUCUAUUUCACUGUAAGUGAACACCCUGAAACAGCAAGUUUAAAGGCCAUUUCCCCUACAUCAAAAACCCUUUGUACUAAAUGCUUCCAUUUCUACUUGUUAAUGAUUUAAAGUUGUCUUUGGAGAGCUCUUACGUGUCCUAAUUUAUUUUAAAUAAUUAUUUGAAUGGUUUUGAUGGAUGAUAAAAAGUAUAGAAAAAAUUGACUAUUAUUUUAUAACUAUAAAUUUCAGGUGUAUUUAUUUCAUUAAGAAAAUCAGCAGAGAAAUAUUCCAUUUGUUUUUUGUUGUUGUUUUUUUUUUUUUACUUGAGAAACUGCAGCUUUUAAUUUAUAUCAUCCCUCCUACUAAAGUGCCUGGCACACAGUAGGUACUCCACAGAAUCUGCUGAAUCAGAGUGUUGAGUAGGGCAACAGGAAAUAUAUAGAGAGAGAUAAAUCUUUAUUUUGAGAUUCCUGCAUUAAAACAUACAACUAGAUAAAGGCGUGCAAAGUGAAACCACGCACCGUAUGUUAUUAGAUUUCAGAAAGGAAAGAGAACAUGGCAGAAGUAUGUAGCCACAGAAAUGACAAUCAUUCAUUCACCAGGACCACUCAUUAGCAUCUUUUGUCGAGAUUCAGGGAAUGCAGCUAGGAGCCAUGAACUGCCUUUGGAGGCUUAUCGCGGUUAGAGGCAAAAUGGCCAACCACACAGACAACACACCAUAGCGUCCUACAGGGAGAUGGGAAGGGUAGGGAAAGAGUCAUACGAGAGAGACAGCGGCAAGAAAUGGGGCAAAGAGAAAGGUUAGGAGAGAGUGGAGGUGAGAGGCGAGUGUACCAGUGGGGGUUCACUGUGAUGUGAUAGGAGAAAAGGACAAAUGGAGAAGAAUGAAAGUGUUCGCGGAGUUGAGUUGGAGCUUUGGUGUGCAGUGUACGAGGCAGACUUGUUUGUUUGGGGAUUUAUUUUAUGUUACGACUAGAACGUUAGUAUCACCACCCCAGGACCAGUUAAAUAGCACUUACCUGUAAUUUCACCGGGCCUUAAUUUUGUGUGGGUUUUGCCCCUUCUAAGCUUUCCUGCACAUAUUUUUAAGUGGAUGACUCAUUCUAGUUGUAUAGAUAUGUAGUGACUUCUUCCAAAGGAGUCUUAGGGAGACAUCUAGUUUUAGUGUGGACAAGGAUUGCAAGGGGAGAUGUUAGAUAUAAGUGCGUGGUAGGGAGCCGUGAGGAAAACCUAGCUAGACCCAAGGCAGUAAUAGGGUUUGCAGGGAUAGUAGCCCGAGAUACAAGAAAGACAAAUCCUAGAGGCGUGGACAUCUUUGGAUAUUUUUGGACCUCUAUUAGGCGUUAUUUUAUAGAUUGAGACAACCUGAAUUUCUCUUGGUCAGUAAUUGAUACCGUCUGUGUUCAUUGGGAAGCUCUUCAAAGAUUAAUGGACCAUGGUGUACUGUUUGCCUUUUAUGUAGCCACGAAGACUCGGGAUUUGAAAGUAUUUAUUAAUUAUCUACUUAACAUUAACACCAAUUUUUUUAGGUUGACUUUUGCACUUAUUAAUGCCUUUUCCAGCGAGAGGGGAUGGAAGAGCCUCAGCCUCACACCCGUGUAGAUGCUACCUUCCCAGUUACCCUUGAAACCAGCCCAUCUGGUUUGUAUUAACUCAGACAACUAUCUACACAUGGCCCACGAUAAUGGUUUGCUGUUUGGUAAAGCAAAGUGUUCCUCCUCUGGGUAUGUGUUUCUGUUAGAAUAUGCUUUCGUGGGUUGCUAGAGUCCACAGGGUGUCCCUUCCCGUCCCCCUCUUAGUUUCACUCAUUGGUCCUAUGUCUGCUGCAGAGUCAGCAGCCCACAGGACUCCUGUUCCCUCUGUCCGGGGUCGCCCUGCCGGUCUCUCCUAAGCACUGUUCCUCUGACUGCCCUUCAUAUGUCAUGAUUUCAGGUCCGUUUCAACCCAACUGAAUGUUAACAGACGGAACCCUUGCAGUCAAGGGGCUGUCUUCAUCAUACAUGUAGAGAAGCGUCUCGACGAUUAAGUGCUAAGUUUUCUCUAAAAUAUAUUCAAGAUAUAUGUUUAUUCUAUUAUUGUAAAUUUCAAUAAAUAAACAAAUAAACAAGUGAAUAAAAGAAGAAUCCAUGACUUC